AACUCUAGCUGUCACCUGAUAUGCCACUUGUUGACAGUCACAUGACCAGUAGUAAGCACAACAGUGUAUUAAAUUGUUAAGGAUGCAGCUGUGUCAAGCAAUUAAUUUUAAUCUAUUCAAUCUACUUUUGAAUUAUGAAGUAUGGUUAUUCAAUAAUUCAACACUGGCUUUCAUUUUUAAAAUAUAAUUUGAUUGAAGAUAUAUAUAUUGCCACCUAAAAUAAAAUUAAUCACUUAAUUUGUAUUUGUCAAUAAUUUGUGAAAAAAAUAUGGCCUUUUGAUUCUAUUCAUGUAAUCCUUGCUUAUCAUUUCCAAAGGGCUUCACUCCAGAAAAAAUGACCUCGGAGCACAUACAAUCAGUUUAAAAGCUUAGUUUAAUGAUAUCUAUCAAUUGAAUUUACAGUCAAGAGAACGCAUGUACAAAAUUCAUAUUACAAUAUAAAGUAAAUUGACCAGUUUAUCAAUUAUGAGUACCAUUUACUUAAAUAAAUGCCUGAGAGCGCUUAUUGUUGAGACAAGUUUUUGAGGUGAAGUUUAUUUAAGGGAGACGUUUAAUUUUUUUGGUGUAAAUGGCAUACCGUAAAUGCUCGAAUAAGUGCCGCGGCGCUUAUUCGAGUUAGUAAGCGCCUGUGUGCAAUGAAACACUUUACAAACAGUAAUAAAUACAAUGUAGCAAUCCAGUGUUCAAAUGUAUAAAUAACACAAUGAUGACACAAGCAUAUCUUUAUAAAUGUUCAUUUACGAUGAUAGGCCUACCGAACUACGGGAAUAUGUGAGAUAGGAAACAUGGGAACAAGUAUGGAAAGGGCCACGCCAAUAUUUUUUUUAAUAAACGGCCUCGAAUAAGCGCCACAUUGAAGCCUCCAACAAUUUUAUAAGCGUUGUGGCACUUAUUCAAGCAUUUACGAUACCUUCCAAGUUAGACAAAUUUGCAGGCAUGAGACUUUUGAUCUAAGAACCCCUUUCCUAGGUGGUGUUUUGAAAUUUUUCCCCCCCUAGAUCCAUGGAAAUGCAUUCUUUUCCACUUUAGGGUUGUAUUUUUACAACUGAAAAAUCUUUUUUGAAUCCACAUAUUUUUUCUUGAGAAUGCAUGUUACUGCCAUCAACGAACCUACCCCACUGACAUGAGCUGCGCACAUGGCAGUUGGCAGUAUGUUGUUUGAUCCUACCAGACAUAUUUACAGUGUUGAUGCAGCUAUCCUUAUCAAAAUUUUUCUUUGUUAUAGAUCCAAAGACUUAUUGAUCCCAACCAGAUUAGAAAAAGAUGCAAUUCUACUAGAGUAGAACAUUAAUAGAAUGAUGUUGCUUUCAUUAGAUUUGUUUAGUCAUUUGGGGUUGGGGGGAGGGUGCACGUUCUUCGAGGAAAAAAUAAACACCUCAGGGCAUUUAUUGAAGGGAAGCGUUUAUUCCAAAUGAAGCUCUAGAAGGGGCGUUUAUUUGAAUAAAUAUGGUUAUUUAAAAGAAUAAUUUUAAAAAAAAUUUAACUUGUUAUUUCAUUUGACUUACUACUGCAUACAAAUUUAUUACUAUAUCUUUAAAUUAAAUUAUUAAACUGUACUGUUCAAAGUUUAUAUUUGAAUAUCAGUAUAGGUAUGAUAUGGUGCAAACAAAUAAAUAUUUAGAUCUGGUUGAAUACACAUGGCCAAGGAAGAAUUUAAUAAUUAAGUAAUUUAAUAUUUGUAUUAAAUAUGGAGUAGAAGUAAGAAAGCAAAGAUAAUGCAAACACACAUAGCACAAGAGAAUUAUCUUUCACUGUGUAUUUAUUGUCAUGGUAUUUGUAAACUUGAGUACUGAUUUAAAAGUAUUUUAAGUAAUAACUAUUUUAUCAAUUGAAAUUGCUUUCUAGUGUUAAUUUCAUCUCUAUUAUUAUUAAUAUUGGAGUACUUGAAAUGAUAAAGACAUGUAUUUAUCAACCUCUGACCUUUAACCUUUGACAGAGAUCUUGAGUGUUAGCAUAUGGUGGUAUUGUUCUAGACUCAAGUACAGCCUACAGAUCUUGAUUACAAACUGUUGUUUAAAGUGAGAGUGCCGUGCAAGUUCAAAACCAAUUAACAAUUACUUUAAAAGGGCAGUGUUAUGUGAAAGCAUCGCUAUUGAUCAUCUACUCCAAGUGGUAUUAAUGGACCUUUCUGUAUUUUUACUGUCAAUCAAACUUAACUGACCAGUCAGAACAGGGCCGUGCAAGUUCAAAACUAAUUAACAAUAGUUUAAAGGGGCAGUGUUAUGUGAAAGCAUCACUAUUAAUCAUCUAUUUCAAAUGGUAUUAAUGAACCUUUCUGUACUGUUAAUCAAACCUAACCAAUCAUAACAGGGCCAGGAAUAGUCAUAUGUCCCACAUACACAUGCAUUGUCCCGAAAAUAGUUUUAUCAGAAAUGUCCAUUAUUAAUUUGAUGGAGCCUAAUACUUGGCUAGAGACCAAUUUACUUGGCUAGCAUUGUUCUGGAAAUGGUUGAUCCACAAAUCCACAUUCACGUUCAGGUCCUUGGGCAAGUCACUUUAUCAGCAUUUGCCCUUCUUCACCUUGGGGUAUUAUAAGUUAGUACAAAAAAAAAAAAAAAUUAGAGCCCUUUGUAAAUUAAAAGGAAAAUGCAUUAUUUACAUUUAUAAAAUAAUUAUUAAACAAUUUACAAAUGAACCAAUAUGUUAUUUAGUCAGUAGUUUAAAUAAAAUGCAAUAUAGCAAUCAAUCUUGUUGUGUUCAUAUUAAAUAAAAUGUAAUAAUCCAACAGCAAGCUAGCUCAUCUUUUUGAAUACACUACACACUAAUCAUUAAGAAGCUCAUGAGCAUGAGAUGGCAUUAGCACAGAGAUUGUGAGGAAUGCACCAUAGCAACCAAACUGAGAAGUUUCUCCUAAACAGAUGCAACAUUUUUUUUAAUCUUUAUAUUUAAUAUAAUUUUAUAAUAUGACAGAUACUAUAAAAAAAAACUACUGUAUAAAAACUUUAUUUUGAUAAAUUAUAAUUGACUUGUUUAACUAAAAAUAUAUUUGAUCAUAUUUUGUGUGUGGUAGAUUUCAAAUAGCUGAAAUAACGAAAGAUACUAAGAGAUUUAUAAGACACAUUAAUCGCAUUACUGUAUCUUUUGAAACACAAGCAUUAAGUGUUACUUAAGGUUAAAACCCAUCUGGUGAUUUUUAAUAACAAAGAUUUGAAAUCCGGCUCAAGGCCUUGGUACCAUCUAAUAAAACCAAAAACAAACUCAGGUGUUGGCACUUGGCGAGCAGUCAUUCAUUACCUGACAUCAAAUGAAUUUGUGCAGUCAUCAACUUGAAAGUUUUAAUUAUCAAACAUCUAUCUAACAUUUACAAAGAUUUUACUUGAUCAGCAUGAAGAUUUUUCCCCUGCAUCUUUUUUUCUUAACAUCCACUUCCCUUCUCCUUCAUGAAUGUGUCGAAGGUCAAGUAUAUCACUGGAGGAGGCCUCUUACUCGUCAGAUCACAUGUCCCAAGACACAAUCAAUGAACCAAUGUUCUUUCUGUUGGUGUACUCUGCCAAUUGGACCUGCUUCGCCAAAUCCCUCGGCUUUGGAUCAGACUCAAAUCGUAGCUCUCAAUACAUUUCGUGAGUGGUUCAUCAAUGAAGGACAAAGCGCGGAGGCACUUUACGAUCGUACACAACCAGUUUUUGAGUUAACUCCAAGACAAGAGAAAGCAAUACUUAAUAGUUAUGGGAGCCUUUUUCAAGGAUGCAAAUAUUACAAUAUAAUUAAUAAAGAGUGUGUGGAUCAAAGCAGUCAUCGAACCACUAGAUCAGCCAAUAGGAUUUGUUCAGUCAUACAGCAAACAACACCUUACUAUGCUGCACUCACGGAAAACGAUGAGCCAGUAGUGGUUGUUCAGGUUUCAUUGCAAAUUUUCCAAGAAUUUUCAGAAGAACUAUGUUCAAGUGCAAGUUGCAACUACUUUGGAGACUGUCUAUGUAAGAGAGGGUUUCGACUAACGAGGGCACUUGUCUACAAUACACAACAGCAAGAGGUAUACAUUCCUACCCUUGGUGACAUCAAAGCAAGAAGUUGCAAUGCCUAUCACACACAUUAAUGAAUUUGAAACUAUUUUUAUAACAUAACAAUAUUCAUUAUAUAACCAAAGUUCUUGAAUAAAAAAGUGUGCACAAAAAGUUAUAUUGGAUAUAUCUAGUUAGAUCUUAUUGUAUACUGUACUUAAUUAAAUACAACUAUCAGGAAAGUACAGAAAACAACACAUAAGCAGCAGCAGUGACUCAUUUGUGUACCAUUUAUUUUAUAUACGGUUAUGUAAUUCUUUUAAACCAUCUUUGUUUUGGAACUUCUCACAAUAUACUUUUGCUUUAUGGUCUGCCCACAAGAGAGCAGACAGAACAGCUCUGUGCAGCAAUUUUCUCCCUACACAUCAAUCUUUGAAACACAACAGUAUUGGAUACUGUGCUUUACAAACUGUACAGUACUUGUAUUAUAUAUACAAACAUAUCACAAUCCAAACUUUUUACAUUGAACAGAUUCAGAAGUGGAAAUUACUUCACAUGAUAUUUUGUGCUGAUAUUGUGCUCGUAAUCAUUUGACAUACGACUUGUAUUUUAAAGAUGUAUUGUCCCAUGAAAAGUAUCAACAAAUAUAAUAAAAAUUAUGAACUUAAACAUAUAAAUUGGUGUACUUAAAAAACAUCUACCCAUAAUUUUACAGAAAAAAAUAAUAGAACCAUUUCCAGUUCCAAUAUACAAAUCAGGGUACAGAUUGUUAUAUGUUCAAGUUAACAAUUUGUAUGUGUACUGCAGAUUAAGCAAGUCAAUUUCAAAAUUAUUUUUUGUUUUUUUGUCAUUUUCAGGGGACAAGAAUAAUAGUAUGUGAUAUGAAUGUACACAAUGCACAAUAACAGUUCUCAUAAAUGUUGGUGUGUUUAGUCAUUUAUGAUAAAAAGAUUUGUUGAUCAAUUGUGAAUACAUUUGUUAUUAAUAACUAUACUAAAAUAAAAUUGAUGUUAAAUGCCCUGACAUGUUUUUACCUACAAAUGAGAGGAGAGAUUGUACCAAGCAAGGGCAAAGGAUAUUCCUACCAUGAUGACUUGGGGCACAGAAGGGCCAUACUUGAUUAAAGAAAAGGGAAAAAAGUGGUAA